AAUCUGGAUGGAGAGUUAAACUGUGGUUUAUUAGGUGUGAGAGAGCGAGUCGUUUUACAAAAAAAUACACCUAAAGGACUGCGACUGAAAAGGCGUGUUAUGUGAACUUGGAAGCGGUGCAGUCGUCUAUUGAUUUGGAGCUGUGGAGUAUAUAAUCGGAUUGCUGAUAGGAAAUUGUGCAGAAAAAGUCUCCAUUGUUGGAGGAGACAGCAAAACCCGUAAGCUUGCAAAGCUUCAUUCUCACGUAUUAAUACUAUAGGGACCCCAGCAGAACCCUAUAGCCCUAGUUUAUAUAGGAACACGACGGCAGACGAAGGGACAUCAUAGGCGAAUGAAAAUGACAAGACUUGUGUUUUCAACAUUGCAAGUUGUUGUGUCGAUUUUCCUGCUGGUGUCCUGCUGCCCUGCCUCGCUUGCUGCUGGCGAGUUUGACCCGUAUACAGUGUUAGGAGUCAGAAAGAGUGCCACUCAAGCUGAAGUUAAGAAGGUUUACAAGAAACUCGCUCGAGAAUGGCAUCCAGAUAAGAACAAAAGCCCUGGAGCAGAGGAUAUGUUUAUUAAAAUUACUAAAUCUUAUGAGCUUCUGUCUAAUGAAGAGAAGAGAGCUAACUAUGACCGGUACGGAGAAACGGCUGGAAACCAAGGCUAUGCACAGCAGCGGCAGCAGUUUCAGCACUUCCACGACAGCUUCUACUUCGAUGAAUCUUUCUUUCCUUACCAGUUCAACAAAGGGAGCAGAGACUUUGCAGACACUAAGUACAUGUUGCAUUUCUCUCAGUACAUGAACGACAUUGUCCCCGACAGCUUUAAAAAACCGUACCUUAUUAAGAUUACCUCGGACUGGUGUUUCAGCUGCAUUCACAUUGAGCCUGUGUGGAAAGAGGUUGUGCAGGAGCUGGAAGCCCUGGGUGUGGGGAUUGGUGUAGUGGAUGUGGGAUAUGAACGUCGCCUGGCGAACCACCUCGGAGCACACCGCACACCCUCUAUACUUGGACUCAUUAAUGGGAAAGUUACGUUCUUUCAUUAUGCUGUGGUGAGGGAACAUCUGCGGCAGUUUGUGGAGAACCUGCUUCCAGCAAGACUUGUGGAGAAGGUCACGGAUCAGAACUACAUGCAGUUCUUGAAUAGCUGGCAUGAAGAAAACAAACCACAUGUGCUGCUGUUUGAUCAAGUGCCUGUUGUACCUCUUUUAUAUAAGCUGACGGCUUUUGCCUAUAAAGAUUAUGUCCGAUUUGGAUACGUCGACCAGGGUCUGGUUGAGACCGAGGCUUUGCUCCAGCAGUACAAGAUCAACACAUACGCUCCCACCAUGUUACUCUUCAAGGAGAGCACAGACAAGCCUGCUGACAUCAUUCAGGCUAGAGGAAUGAAGAAGCAAAUCAUUGAUGAGUUUGUUUCCAACAAUAAGUUCCUCUUGGUUCCCCGACUCGUAAACCAGAAGCUCUUCGAGGAGCUGUGCCCAGUGAAACAGUUCCAUCGGCGGAAAAAGUAUUGUGUCCUGUUGGUAACCAGUGGAGAGGACUCCUUUACCAAUGGAAAUGAGGAAUUCCUCUCGUUUGCUGCUUCUAACACCAAAGAGAUUUUUAGGUUUGCCUACGUCUAUCAGAAACAGCAACAAGCCUUGUGUGAUGUGUUGCUGAAGGACAUGGAGAGCGUCCCAUCUCAGGUUUUAAUUCUGGAGAGGCGCAACACAGCAGGAAAGGUGAGCUAUAAAGCAGUGCCAGGCGGGUGGAAUGGAAGUGAAGAGGAGAAGUUUCAACUUCAGGAACAGCUGGAGCUGCUGCAGAAGGACCCUGCUUUCCUCACCAGCGUUGCUGUACUUCCAGAGCUCAACAACGAGUUUGCUUCUAUGUUUCUUCUGCAGUGGAUCUAUGCUGCGUAUGACUAUGUCUCCCAGAUUGGUGAUGAUUUACUUCACAACAACUGGCGUGAAAUGAUGCCUCUCCUGUCCUUGAUCUUCUCUGCACUCUUCAUCUUGUUUGGAACAGUUGUUAUUCAGGCUUUCAGUGACUCGAGUGAUGAAAAACAAACCAAGCCAAAGACAAAAGAAGGACCUCAAAAUAAUUCUGAGAACGGCUCCCCCAACGCAAAUACAUCCAGCAGAGCUCCAAAGAAAAGCUUUGUGGAGGUCACUGAGCUGACGGAUAUCACCUACACCAGUAACCUGGUUCGUCUGAGGCCUGGCCACAUGAACGUCGUGCUCGUUCUCACAGACGCUGCCAAGAAUGCUCUGCUCAGCAAGUUUGCAAAGGAAGUCUACUCCUUUACUGGGAGCCUCACCUUGCACUUCUCCUUUCUGAACCUGGACAAACACAAGGAGUGGAUGGAGUCCCUUCUGGAGUUCGCUCAGGACGCUGUGCAAAUUGACAGCGACGAGGGCGACAGCCAGCACAAAGCGGACUACACGGGAUACGUGUUGGCCUUGAAUGGACACAAGAAGUACCUGUGCUUAUUCAAACCCGUGUACACUGGGGAGGACCUCCACGUGGACAGCAGCAGAGCCUCUUCAUCCUCCAGAGACGAAGCAGCGACUCGCAAGAAAACAGCUUCAUCCAGUCUGCAGAUCCACCACAAACUAGACAGGCUGGGCUUGUGGAUGGAGAGGCUACUGGAGGGAACAUUACCUAGAUACUAUAUCCCAUCCUGGCCGGGACUGGACAAAAUCACUACAUCCAAAUAACACUGGACUGUUAAGCAAUGAUUUCCAUUAGCUCAAUAAUACCUAUUCUGCUUACCUGACUAGGAGAAAGCACUGCAUUUCUGAUUCCACCCCAUUUUAAUGUUUAGCUAAAAAGUGUAAAUAGAUGGAAUUGUAUACACUGUUUGUGUGUGUUUGGGAGCUGCACCAGGGGCAUUGUGUUCUUAUGGUUUCUGUAGCAGGCUCACUGUUACAAACCCUUCUUGAGUAGGGUGAAGAUAUUUAACAAAGGUUAUCCAAGUCAGUCAUAUUGUAAAUGUUGAAUAUAGUGAAUAAGCAGCAAGGUUUUAAAUGAAUUUCUCACCUCUACAGUGGUAGAACAGUAGUCUCCAUUAUGGAUUUGUAGUUUGUUUUCCUGACUCUUUCACUUGAACUCAGCUGAAGCCUGUGUGAGCAUGUGGCUUCUAGUCUUCAUUUGUGUCCUGUGUUGCAAGUAAUAGGGACCCACGGCUUCCUGUGUGCAGUUUAGGGGGAUCCCUUGUAACACAAAGAAGUGCAGGAAAAGUGGCUUCACUGAGCCGAAGUGAAAAACAUCAGGGAGCGAGCGUGGUGUUCCAGUCGUACUCCAUUGAUAUUUCUGAAUGAAGGGAAUGGGCUAAGACUCCAUUCAGACAUCAUGUUUUAAUUUACCAACCUUGUGGGGAAAACUAAAUAAAAUGGUUCACAGCCAUAGGAAAUUGAGUUUGUUUUAACCAGAAAUGUACAAUUAUUUCCAGAUUAUACUUUAAAGAAUGUUUGAACUUUUGCUUCAAGCUGGUUUAAAAUACAAAUCUCCAUCAGGACCUGGAGGAUUGUAAAGCUUAUAAGAAUCCUCUUAGGCGUGAAGGUUAAUGAAAAGCUGCAACAAAGGUGUUUUUUUCAUUUCAAUAAUUCAAUUGAAUCCCACCAAUGGUACCCACUGUAUAACCCUAUAUUGACAAAUUCCUUUUUAAUGCAACGCACUAUUUAGUUGUUGUUUAUUUUUUUAAAUGCCUUAAGUAGUGUUUCUUGACUCUACAGCUUCUUUUUUUGCAGCGGUCUGGAAUCAGGUUCCAUGGUAUGUUGUGCGAAUGUGUUAGAAAGAGUUAAGAGCUCAGAGUGCCUUCGUAUUUGAAGGACAGAGCAAGUGAUUUCAAGUGCAAAACACUCAAACAUUGUGGUACAUGUGUGUUUUGAUUUUUAAAUGUUUUUCUUGUCAAAUUUACUGAUCAAAAAAAUACACACUGCUCUUGUAAAAAUGUCAAUCUUGCACUCGCAUGGUGAACACAGACAUCUUAAACACAUGAGUCAGAGAAAAAGCAGUUACUGAAGGAAAGCAGGUUUUACAAAAGCACUGAAUAUAGCAACUGCUGUGAAACAAUAUCAAAAAUCAAAUACAUGUUUAAUCAAACAGUCAUUUUUAUGAGCUAAGAUUUACAGGAAUCAUUUCGCCAGUGCUAAUUCUUUUGCAUGUUUCCUUGAUAAACUGCUUUGCAUCAUGAUUUGGCAUGCAUUGGAUUCCUAAUUCACCAUCGCUUCAGACUCUUAAAUGCUCAGUUACUGCAUGUUAGCUGUUUGGUCACCUUUUAGAUGCCUAAUUAUUGUGCUGUAAUCAGAAACAGAACAGCAGCUUCAUAGACAAUGCACCACUGUGAGGUUCCCUAGUGUAUGAAAAGUAUACAACUAAUUCUACUAUAGAUUGUACACCAGGAGUCUGGGGAUGUGAUGCUGGUUAAAAUAAAAAGGGAAAGUUUAGUACAUGGGCAGAGGUGUAAAAGUUUAUAUACAGAUCUAAUAUUCAUAUUUAGAACAGUUAUGCUUGUUUUAUAUGUAAAGGCCUCUUGCUGGGAUAAUAUAAAUGGGUUUUGGAAGAGAUUUUUAUGUUUUGCACUGUUGGAAUGUGUGAUAACUAAUUAAAAUAAUUUGUUUAGUUUUUUUUCUGUUUUAUCUCAUGCAAUACAUAGGUCGUGAUGUGGUUUAUAUAUGUUGCAUCAAUGUUCCAGAACUAAAAUAAAGUAGAUUUUUAAAAGUAAA